AUACUUUGUUGAAAAGUGAAAACACAUACAAUACAACAUUACAACACCGUAUACCAUGGUCUCUCGAAGAGUUCUUUCUUUUCUUUGUCUCCUUGUUACUCUGAUAUCUCAGGCUAUUGCCAAGCCACAAUACCAAUACGCUGUCUGCAUCACAGAAGGUGAAGAUUAUGCCCCUAAUAGCACCUACCACACCAACCUCAAAACCGUUCUCUCAAGGCUCACUUCCAACACACAGAUAGACUAUGGCUUCUACAAUGCCACCUAUGGCCAAGACUCUGAUAGAGUCUACGCGAGUGGUAUUUGCAGAGGAGAUGUUACCCCACAUGCUUGCCUUACUUGCCUCAACAAUUCUACUUCCCUUCUCCUAAAGCAGUGUCCACAUCAGAAGCGUGUAGCAGGAGGAUAUGAUGAAUGCAUGUUACACUAUUCAAAUCGCUCAGUCUUAGGUUACUAUGAUUCUGAUUUCCGGGUCUACUUGCAGAGUAAAAAUAAUGUAGCAGAUUGGAAUAAGUACAGUUAUGUGCUCAACAAGUUGCUGUCAAGACUAAGAGUGAAAGCUUCUACAGCUGACCCCAAUCUGAAUCGUAAAUAUGCUUCUGGAAAUGCGACAGGUCCGAAUUCUAAAACUAUAUAUGCUAAUGUUCAGUGCGACCCGGAUUUGACAGUGGCACAAUGCAACGAUUGCUUAGAUGGAGCCUUUUCAGAAAUACCAAAUUGUUGUGAUAACAUGUCAGGUGGGAUGGUUAUUAAGUUUAGCUGUAACUUCAGAUAUGAGAACUACAGCUUUUAUAAGCCGACGCCUGAUACAUUAACACUACAAUUGUCGCCACAAGGAGCUUCUCCUCCUUCCCCUGCACCAUCAACCACUGCAAAUUCCUCAGAGAGUACUUAUCAUGGAAAAAGCAACAAAUCAAAAGCUGUCAUUGCCAAAUACGUUGUGCCUAUUGUUGUCUUUGCUGGCUUGCUGAUUUUUAUUUGUAUCUAUUUAAGAGUGAGGAAGCGAACGAAACAUUUUAAGAGUGAAGCUAAGGUUGAUGAUGAAAUUAAAGAAGUAGAGUCAUCACAAUUUGACUUUGACACCAUUAUAGUUGCUACAAACAAUUUCUCAGUUGCAAACAAGCUUGGACGAGGUGGAUUUGGACCUGUUUACAAGGGGAUGCUCUUCAAUAAACAAGAGGUAGCAAUCAAAAGGUUAUCUAGCUACUCUGGCCAAGGAGAUAUUGAAUUCAAGAAUGAAGUGCUAUUAAUGUCAAGGCUUCAGCACCGAAAUUUAGUUAGGCUCCUUGGUUUCUGUAUUGAAAGAGAAGAACGUCUCCUUGUCUAUGAGUUUCUUCCCAAUAAAAGCCUUGACAACUUUUUAUUUGAUCCCAUGAAGCGCGCACAUUUGGAUUGGAAAAAGCGCUACAAAAUAAUUGAAGGCAUUGCACAUGGCCUUCUUUAUCUUCAUGAGGAUUCUCAGCCGAGGAUUGUUCACCGUGAUCUUAAAUCAAGUAAUAUUCUUUUAGAUGCCGACAUGAAUCCUAAGAUUUCAGAUUUUGGUUUGGCAAGACUGUUUGUUGCAGAUGAAACUCAGAUUAAAGCAAGUAAAAUUGCUGGAACCUACGGAUACAUGGCACCUGAGUAUGCGAGGCAUGGAAAACUCUCGACGAAGUUAGAUGUCUUCAGUUUUGGUGUAAUAAUACUAGAGAUCGUAAGUGGCCAAAAAAAUAAUGGAUUUCGAAAUGGAGAGAAUGUGGAACAUCUAUUAAGCUUUGCUUGGAAAAACUGGAGGAAAGGGACAGCAGCUAAUAUAAUAGAUCCCACCUUGAAUAAUGCUUUCAGAGAUGAAAUAGUUAGAUGCAUUCACAUUGGGCUACUUUGUGUUCAAGAAAAGGUUGCUGAUAGACCAACAAUGGCUUCAGUUGUGCUUAUGUUUGAUAGCCACUCUUUUGCUGUCCCAAUUCCAUGGCAACCAGCCUAUUUUAUGAAUAAUAGAUCUUUAUCAGACAUCAAGUUUUCGGGGUGCAGUUCAGUGGAAACAAGAUCAAAAGAACAGAAAAGUGACUCUGCUGAUGCAUCAGCAAAUGAGGCUUCAAUUAGUAGUCUAUAUCCUCGUUAGAUAUCAAUCAUAUGAUUACAGUCAAAGCUGAUAAUGACCAUCAUAACUAACAAUUAGAUGUACCGACAGAAACUGAUGCUCGGUGCCUGCUGUUACUAAGAAGAAUUGUUCAACAUUUUCUUGAAAAGAUUAUCCAAUCUCUUAUGUAUGUUUCUGUUGUGAUUGAGGAAUUUCACAUCAUGGAAGUGGUUCGAAUUACAGAAACAGCCUCUUGCAAAUUUGGGCUGCGACAGUACUCCUAAUCCUAUUACUCUAUGCACAAGGCAGAAAGAAACUUUCUUUUCUUGGAUAUUGGAAUGAGUAGGACAGUUUUGUUGGGACAUCAAACAUGGGACUCUGCUUUUGGGCUCAAGUGGCCCAAUAUACUAAGGUUCGGUUUUAUUAUCUAAAUUUUUUAAGAAUGAACUAGUCAAUGAACAUGCAUAGCAAUGGCAAGAUUUCAGUCAAGACUGAAAGUAUUUGACAGCUUAACGAAAUGAUCUUUGCAUGCUGCAUAAUAUUAACAUGAAGCAUAGAGCCACCACCGUCCACUAGUAGAAAAAAAUGCUGGACAGUUACUUGUAGGCUGUUCUUGCCUGUUGGAGUAUUUGUCAAAAUAAUAACUACAGUGGCAGAGCAAUCUCUUAAAAGAUGAACAUUGGUUUCAUUUUUGCUUUGGCGGUUGGGACAAAAUUGUGGUAUCAAAUUAACUAGAUGCCCACAAGUUUAUUGAAUGAAAAAAAAUGAUUUUUUUUUUAUAAUUAAUAAACGAAAAUUUAUUAAUUUU